AUGUCAGGAAUCACCAUUCGAAAGGCUAUCAUCACCGAGUUCGGUGACGCCUCCAAAGUGCGCAUCAUCCAAGACACCAUCAACCCUCCUCCCGCGAAGCAUGUGCAGGUAGCGACUAUCUACUCCGGCUUCUCCGGGGCCGACGUCAACAUGCGCAAGGGCGUCUACCCGAUGCAGAAGAAGGCCCCGCUCACCCCUGGCUACUGUCUCGUCGGCGUUGUCAAGACAAACGGCCCCGGCGCGUCCAACUUCAGUCCCGGUGAAAUCGUUGCUAGUAUGACUGUCUACGACGCCGAGGCCGACUUGGUCAAUCUCCCAGAGAAAUACCUUGUCAAAGUUCCCGCCGGCAUCGACCUACAGCAGGCCACUGCCCUGAUUCUGGAUUGGAAUACGGCUUACGCCAUGGUCUUCGAGUCCGCUAAGGUGACUGCGGGCCAGCGAGUCUUCAUUCACGGCGUCAGCGGAGCCGUCGGCUACGCCCUUAUGAAGCUGUGCCAGCUGCAGGGUGCCGAGGUGUACGGCACGGCGUCGGAACGGAACCACGAGGCCGCUCGCGCACAGGGCGCCAAGCCGUUCGUCUACACCGACAAGAACUGGGUCCAGGCCAUGAAGGACCUCGGCGGGGCGGAUGCAGUGUUUGAUCCUCUAGGAUUCGAGAGCUGGGACGAGUCCUUCUCGAUCUUGACAUCUACCGGCAUUCUCGUUGGUUACGGCGGCAACCUGCGAUCGCUCAACGACGGUAGCGAAGACCGGUCGACCGUCAUGCCUACUGUAAAACUGUUGGCGCGGGGUAUGGUCCCCUUCUGCGCCAAGAGGACUCGGUUUUACUACAUCACCCGGGACGACGCAACGUUCGAACCGAAUUUGAAGUCGUUGUUUGAUUUGCUGGCAGCAGGCAAGAUUUCGGUCCCAAUCAAAAGGGUCUAUGACCUCGAAGACAUUCAGGAAGCUCAUCGCCAGUGGAAGAGCUUGCCGGGCGUGGGAUCUUCGCUGAUUCGGUUGUCGGAUGUCAAGGCGUGA